AUGCUAAAAAGUCAGCAGCAGACCAUUGUGGAUUUGCAGCAGAAACUCACCGACCAGCAGCACGUAUUGGUUAACCAGCAACGGGAAAUUCUUGAACAGCAAAGAAAAAUGUAUGAGCAAAUGGAUUUAAUCAAGGUUCAGUAUGGCAUGCUUUUUGACACAGUGAAACAAAUGUCAUUUCAGAGUUUGCAAGAAGAUAUUCAAAAUUAUUUUGAAAGUCAUCUUCAAGGACUUCAGAAACAAGUCAGAAAUCAGCUCCAGAAGUCAUACUCUGUCCAUAAAGUAGAAGUGGAUGCAAAAGUGAUUAAUGUUGGGGAGUCUUUGCUGGACUGUGGUCUUUGUGAAAGUGAUGAAUUCUGCAAUUUCCAAAAGACGCCUUCACAGUGUGAAAAAUGCACCUUGUGCCCCGCUGGCUUUUUCCAAAUGGCUGAGUGUUCUGCAAAUUCUGAUCGGAUUUGUCAGGACAGAGAUGAAUGCACUGACUCUCCAAGCAUUUGUGGUGAGAGAAUAAAAUGCCUGAAUACGCCAGGUGGUUUCCGAUGCCUUGGGAUUGCUGAAAAAGACGCAGCUUUSGGACUGUGUGGAGAGGAAUAUUUCUUUAAUAAGGAAAUGCAGGAAUGUCAGGCCUGUUUAAAAUGUGAAGAAGGGAUGGUGGCCGUGCCUUGUUCCACCAUCAGCGAUACGAUUUGCUCAGCAACCAGUGAAAACAAGUUUUCGGAGGCUUGGGCUGCGAACAUCAUUUUACCUCCUGCAAAGUCUGGCAUCUCUCAGGUCUACUCUGGYUUAAACUUGAAGAUAAAGGGGAAGUUUCACUGUGAAAUCCUAUCAGUUGAAGAUAACAGUUUGGUGUUCAGGCAGCAUGGCCUGUUGUGGACUGACCUAAAUUUUGCAGUAAAGCACAACUGCAGGAAUUUUUUGCAACUUUCCUUAAAGCUAAAUGGCAGUGAGGAAGGUUAUGAACUGAGCGGAGUUCGCAUUGAGCAACCAGAGGGAAAAUAUUUCCAGAGCACGAGUCUAAGCAGUGCUGCUGAAGUGGAGCCCAGCCAAACACUUUCUGUGUUUUUGAGGAGUCCAAAUCAAUUCUGCAAUCAAAGCAGAGACUUAUAUAUUUAUGAUCUUAAUACCCCACUCA